AUGGGGGAGCCCAGAGUGAUGAGUUUGAUUGGUGGCAAGGAGAGUGGAACAGAAGUCUACCCCCUCCUCAACACAGUCCUGUAUGACCCCACCAUGUUUAAAACCCCCUAUGCAUUUAACCCAGAGCAUUUCCUGGAUGAGAACGGGCGCUUCAAGAAGAGCGAUGCUUUUGUGCCAUUCGCUUCAGGGAAGCGGGUCUGUCUGGGCGAAACCUUGGCCCGCAUGGAGCUUUUCAUCUUUUUGGCCACCAUCCUGCAGAAAUUUGAGCUGAAACCCCUCGUGGCCCCCAAGGACAUUGACGUGACUUCUCAUGAGGUUGGAUUUGGCAGAAUCCCACAUUACUAUCAGCUCUGCAUGGUCUCACGCUGA